UUUCCAAUCUCUAAAAACCAUUUUUACUUUAUUAUUAGAGCCUGUCGUAAACAUUGCAAUUUUUUGUUAUAUGAAAAGUUUUCUGGUAAAUCAUCACAAACAUGCCUAAGAGCGAUGAGCAAAAAGUCGUUGAAAUCAUAAAUUCAACAGAAGAGUUGGCUGACAAAAUACUGGUUAACAAACAGGAGCUGGUAGAGCUUGACAAGCGAAGACAACAAACACGAGAGGCGAUACGGGAGGUGGAAAAAAGUUCGGAAAAUGGCGAAAAAAAAGUUUGGAUUACUGUAGGCAGCAUGCUGGUUAAGUUAGAACGAGAGAGGGCUUUGAAACUUUUAAAAAAUGAUCAAAUCCAAAUUCAACGGGAAAUUAAUAUUAUCACUUCCGGCCAAAAGAUAUUGGUCAACAAGCAUCGCGAUUUAGAACAUUUUUCACCAUACUCUGGCACAAGUCUGAAGGCGCUUGAUCGAAAAGAGUUUGCAGCGCUCAAAUCAAAUUUGCCAAUUCUGUAGAUAACUACAUUACUAUAAGCAAAUAUGCUCUAUACUAUGGUUAGCAGAACAUAAAUUUUGGUAUCAGACUUAAGAUUUGAAUAAAAAAAUUAAAUAAA